GCCGCCGCGAGUCGGCGUCCCGGGCCCCGGGCGGCGGCGAGCAUGGAGGAGAAGUACCUGCCGGAGCUGAUGGCGGAGAAGGACUCCCUGGACCCCUCCUUCACGCACGCUCUGCGGCUGGUGAACCAAGAAAUAGAGAAGUUUCAGAAAGGAGAAAGCAAGGAAGAAGAAAAGUACAUUGAUGUGGUGAUUAAUAAGAACAUGAAGCUGGGACAGAAAGUGUUAAUCCCUGUAAAACAGUUCCCUAAGUUCAACUUUGUGGGGAAACUUUUGGGUCCACGUGGCAAUUCUCUGAAGCGUUUACAGGAAGAAACUUUGACAAAAAUGUCCAUUCUUGGAAAAGGUUCCAUGCGAGACAAGGCAAAGGAAGAAGAGUUGAGGAAAAGUGGAGAAGCAAAGUACUUCCACCUCAACGAUGAUCUCCAUGUGCUCAUUGAAGUUUUUGCCCCACCAGCAGAAGCAUAUGCCCGGAUGGGACAUGCUUUGGAAGAAAUCAAGAAGUUCCUCAUCCCUGACUAUAAUGAUGAAAUCAGGCAAGCACAGCUCCAGGAAUUGACAUAUUUGAAUGGUGGUUCAGAAAAUGCAGAUGUCCCAGUGGUUAGAGGGAAAGCCCCCUUGCGUACAAGAGGUGUACCAACCCCAGCAGUCACCAGGGGAAGGGGAGGAGUCACGGCCCGGCCAGCUGUGGUUGGUGUACCACGAGGGACACCAACUCCCAGGGGAGUCCUCUCCUCCCGAGGGCCAGUGAGUCGAGGAAGAGGUCUUCUCACUCCCAGAGCAAGAGGAGUCCCCCCUACUGGGUACCGACCUCCACCGCCACCCCCUGCACAAGAGACCUACGGAGAAUAUGACUAUGAUGAUGGAUAUGGUACGGCUUAUGAUGAACAGAGUUAUGAUUCCUAUGAUAACAGCUAUAGCACCCCGGCCCAAAGGGCAGGAAGAGUGGACUAACUCCAGACACAAGGCACCUCCGUCGAGGACAACCAAGGGAGUCUACAGAGACCAGCCAUAUGGCAGAUACUGAUUGUACUGUCUGAUGUUGUGAAAUAGCCAAUCUCCACCAGUCCUGUAUACUGUUCAAAGUAAUUUUUUUCUAUGAACAAUCCCUUUUUAAUAAAUCAAAAUGUUUAAAAUAUGAAUGGAUGGAACUUAAACUACUUUGUUGAAACGUCAACCUGGCAGAAAAAAAAAAAAAGACAUGUAAAAUUUUGUUAUUUCUAGUCUGUAUAUGAAAAAUAGGUCAUCAAAAGAAAAAAAAAACUUUGAUUAACUAGUGUUAAAAAAAAAUAGGUUUACUAAACAUGUUAAUCCAUUCUUUUAACAUAAGCCUCACCUUUCAUUUUAAAGGUUUCCAUAGAAUUUAGUUAUUUUAUCUUUCAGCCAUACGCUAGAUUUUUUUUUUUCUCUUGCCAACAUGCGUAAAAAGGGAAACCAAUUACAAGUGCAAAUAAUGUGGUAUUCUUUUGUAACUCAAGUCUUGAAAUGUUCUGUAGUGUUAAGCAAAGUCUCCUCUUGCUUGAUACUAAAUAAACUUUUGAAAGAAACUUCGUGUGUGUGAGCUAACAGUUUCAUGUUUUUCUUAUUUAAAAAGGCCUUCAUAAAUAGUUGUAAACAGGGAAAGACUUCAUUUAACAACGCUUGUCAUAAAAGGGCCACACUAAACAUUGUACAACUUAUUUAAAAAAUGGUAUAAAAUUAAAUGUACCGUUCUGUACUCACCGUAGAUUUAAAUGCUGUUUAAAGAAUCCAAAUGGUAUCAAAUGCUUGAGCGGCACGUUAAAACUACGCAAAACCAAAUCUUGUUAAAAAACUGGUUUUAAAAUAACUACUGGAUUUUCUGGAAAAGAUGUGAUCAGUUUUCAUCUUGUUGAGCGUUUUCUCACUAGUGCAACUUUGGAUUUUUUGUGAGACUUUUGGUACCUUAAUGAACACCUGGCUCCCUGCUGGAAGCAAUAAGCACAAAGCUUUUAAAGACAUUC